GCCACGCGGAGAGCAUCCUGGGUCCGGAAGGAAGUGAUAACUCCCCCACACGACUCGGGCGCCGGUAAGGUCGCGUGGUAGGAGAGCGCGCGGCUGUUUAAAGCGGCUUGCUGCUGGACCGCGUUGUUCGUGUGCCAAGGCCCGGGUGGCCGAAAUCCCUGCGUUGCUGCAAAACGUGAGACCGAGGGAGAACCAUGGUUAGGAGAUCCCAGCGGCGCGGAGUGGCCAAGUGGGCAGCUGUGCGAGCCAAGGCAGGUCGCACCACCACAGAUGAAAAUGAAGACUUAGGAUCGCCACCCUCACCCGGAGACUCCAGCUACUACCAGGAUCAGGUAGAUGAUUUUCAUGAGGCACGAUCUCGGGCAGCCUUGGCCAAAGGCUGGAGCGAGGUUGAGAGUGGGGAUGAGGAUGGCGAUGAGGAGGAGGAGGUGCUGGCCUUAGACAUUGACGAUGAAAAUGACAAAGAUGGAGAGAGUACGGGGGAUGAGGAGGAUAGCGAUGAUGAUGAUGAUGAUGAUGAUGGUAGUGGAAGCUCCGUGCAGAGUGAAAAUGAGGCCUCGGUGGAUCCCAGUUUGUCGUGGGGUCAGAGGAAAAAACUUUACUAUGACACAGACUAUGGUUCUAAAUCCCGAGGCCGGCAGAGUCAACAAGAAGUAGAGGAGGAGGAAAGAGAGGAAGAGGAGGAGGCACAGGUAAUUCAGCGGCGUUUAGCCCAGGCCCUACAAGAGGAUGAUUUUGGAGUUGCCUGGGUGGAGGCCUUUGCAAAACCAGUGCCUCAGGUAGAUGAGGCUGAGACACGGGUCGUGAAAGAUUUGGCUAAAGUUUCAGUGAAAGAGAAGCUGAAGAUGUUGCGAAAGGAAUCACCAGAGCUCUUGGAGCUGAUAGAAGACCUGAAAGUCAAGUUGACAGAAGUGAAGGAUGAGCUAGAGCCAUUGUUACAGUUGGUGGAGCAACGGAUCAUUCCAUCUGGAAAAGGAAGCAAAUACCUGAGAACCAAGUAUAACCUCUACUUGAACUAUUGCUCCAACAUCAGUUUUUAUUUGAUCCUAAAAGCUAGAAGAGUCCCUGCACAUGGACAUCCUGUCAUAGAAAGGCUUGUCACUUACCGAAAUCUAAUCAACAAACUAUCAGUUGUGGAUCAGAGACUGUCCUCUGAAAUUCGUCAUCUACUCAAGGGUGAUGCUGUAAAGAAAGAACCGAAUGCAAAAGAAAAAUUCACCAAAUCCAAGCCAAAGUCGGUUUCAGAGACUUCUGCUUUGGCUGUAGAUCUCUCUGAUGGCUCUGAUUUUGAUGAAGCUGCAUUGAAACGCUAUAAAGAAAUAGAUGACAGGCAAAAAUUGAAGAGAAAGAUAGAAGAAAACAGCAUUGAAGAACAGGCUCUUGAAGAUCAAAAUGUAAAGAGAGCCAUUACUUAUCAGAUUGCUAAAAAUAGGGGACUUACACCUAGAAGAAAGAAAAUUGAUCGAAAUCCCAGAGUGAAACAUAGGGAGAAGUUCAGAAGAGCCAAAAUUCGAAGAAGAGGCCAGGUUCGAGAGGUUCGUAAAGAAGAGCAACGCUAUAGUGGUGAAUUAUCUGGCAUUCGUGCAGGAGUUAAAAAGAGCAUUAAGCUUAAGUAAAGUCUUCACUGAACUUACAUAAGGUUUUUGCCAAUAAUUUAGAUCAAUAAAUUUUUGUUUUAACUGAAAUGACUGUAUUUAUGUAUGCUACCUAAUCUUUCAAAAUUUUUGUCAACAGGGAAAUUUUACUUGGGUUGUUGAUUGAUUGAUUUGCCCUUCAAUUUACAUUAUAGUCUUACUGAGGGAACUGAGGGAGCAGUAUGAAAGUGCUCAGGGAAAGAUUGUGUUGAAAAUAAGUUCACCAAUAUUUUGUCAGGUAUUAGCCUAAAUUUCCCAGCUAAUUGUAGAGCUUUACUGGAACUAGAAUAUUUGUAUAACUUUUCACAUUAAGAGAAUGCACCUCUGAAUGUCAUCUUGUAAGAUAACCUAUAAAAUAGUUCUGAUGUAUAUUUCAUUUACCUACCUACAAUUCUUGAGUAGGAUUCUUAUUAAUAUGUGGGUUUAAUGUUAACCUGGAUUUUGCUCGUUCUGUGUGGUAAAAGCAUGGGAAUAAAGAGCUUUGGUUAAAAGUAGAAAAAGAAAAAGGUAUACCUAAAUUAGGCCAAUUUGUAAAUACUUUCUAAUAGUCUUUCAUGUGGUAAAUAAGGCAAAAGUUCCGUUUUUCCUUCUGUGGUGAUUUACAAUGGUUGUUAAUAUUCAUAGUCACUUCACUGAAAAUUUGUUAUGCUUACUGGUAGGUAAGUGGUGACUUUAAGUGGUAAUGCAGUUACAAUUUAUAGUUAUUCUGAUCUUCAUAACUGAAAAAUAUUGUUAGUGAACCUAAAAAUACUCAGGAUGAUGCCAGGGAAGAAAAUGAUAAUAUAGUGAAGGAAAGCACAAAAAUAGUCACCUCUGCUGCUGUUUAUUCAUUAAACAUUAUGUUUGGGAUGUAGAGAGGAUCCAGAGUUAAUAUUUAUUAAACACUUACCAAGUAAUAGUUGUGUAUCACCUCAUCUAAUCCUUAGGUAGUACUGUUCUCUCAGUAUCACAGAUGAAUUUACUGAAAUUCUAAGUCAACUUUCUAAGGAAUAUUUGCUUGGGAUGUGAACUCAAACCAACUUAAUCUGAGCAGUGUUCUUAACCUCUCUGGCUUAAAGCUGCUUCCUCAGAGUACCACUCAUACUAGUUUCUUUUCUUUUGUCUUACAAAGAAAAGAGGUAAGUUAGAAAUAAAAGUAACACUCAGUACUUAUUAAGGUACUUUUCUGAGCACUUUAUUUGUAUUUAUUUCCCUAUUCCUCAACAACCUGAUUUGGUAAAUUGUACUAUCUACAUUUUGAAGGUCACGUAGCCAUUAGGUGUGAAAGACAGGAUUUCAAGCAACCCUUUCUGACUUCAAAGCCCAAUCCCAUACUUCUUUUGUAAUAAAAUAGAAAAAAAACAGGCAUACAAGUCUGGAGUUACUCACCAGGGGGACUGUUUUUUUGUAGACUGGUGUCCAAACUAGACUGUCUCAUACAUGUUAGGUAAACAUUGUACAACUGAGCUACAUGGUACCCCAGCCACCAGGGGAAUUUAGAGUUAAUUGAACUCUUGAGUUUUAUUUUAUUCAUCUAUGUGAGGCUUAGAGAAGCUUUUUAAACAGUAGUAAGAGCAGACUAUAGUUAAGACUACUCAAGUUCCUAAGCUGGCUCCAUCAUUAGUACCUGUGACUUGGGUAAGUUACUUGAUGUCCCUCAUCCUGAGUUUUUCCCAUCUAAAACCUGAAUAAUGAGAGUACUUAUUUUGUAGGGUUAUUAUGAGGCUUAAGUGAAUUAAUAGAUGUCAAGCACUUAGAACAGUGUCUAUUGCAUAAUAAUCACCUAAAAAGUGUUAGCUUAUCAGCAAAAAAAAUUAAUAUUCUAAGUUUGGGAGAAAUAAGGAGUAUACUAAAUCUAGAAAAUCUGGAGCAGGGUCAAAAAGGGAUAUGAAGUUUGAAAGCAUUUGGUGCUCUAUGUCAAAUUCCUGCUAUGUAUAUAUAGUUGGGUUAAGAAUAAAAUGUCUUAAAGACAAAUCUUUGAUUUAGGGAAGUGGAAAAAAUUAAACCUGACAUUCCUUACCAACACUUUAUUAAUUCAUUCUGUAAUAUCUAGGAUGUAGAUGGUUCUGUCUUAUAAACAAAUCAUAGUUGCUGGAUUUAAUAUUCACAUCUCCAGAAUUUGUUUUAAUAUUUAAAGAAGCCAGGCACAGUGG